UCAAAAACUUGCGAAAUAGGCGAAGUUUACAAUUACAAGAAAAGAAAAUUGCAACUGCGGUGUGAUUACAACAUUAAAAAGCUGUCGUUGUGGAUUCGCUCGAUAUUAAUGUAAUUUGUACAAAAUUGAAGUUCCUUAGUCACUGUUUGUCUUUGUUAUUGUAUUAUAAACAAACAUGAGUAACAGUGGCUACACUCCUAACACAGGUGUUACAGCACCAAUCGAUCCCGGUUGGAACGAUCCGCCGAAAUUUUCAUACAACGCACAAACGACACCGAAUAAACCGCGAAAUAUUUUGAACAAAAGAGUUGCAUUUCCCUUAUCAAGCGCCACGUCUAGUCCUGUUACCAUGCCACCUGUGAACCUGCCACCAAUGCCUGCGAUGUUUCCGCCAGCACCACCUCCUCAAGUACCGAGCAUACAGCCGGAAGAAACAGAUUUAGACAGCGAAAGUACUCUGAAAGAGGUGAAGGAUAUACUCUUAGAGCUAUUGGAUAACAGCAGUGAACUAGGAGCUAAGGCAAAUGAUAUACGAAGAAGGAUAGGCGUCAUGGAAGAAAUGUGGUCAAGUGGGAAGCUAGAUAAAAGGAUAUAUGGACAGAUGAGGAAUUUAGCAUAUGCACUCCGGGAUGACACACCAAGUAAAGCUGAUGAUAUUCACCGAGCACUGAUGGUGGACCACGUCAGCGCAGUCGGCACAUGGAUGCCGGGCAUCAAGCAGCUCAUACACAACUGUAUAGCUCGCACAGAACUCCUCUCCAUCGAUAAGGAUUAAAUUAUACAUAACAUUGGUUCAACUACUAUGUUAAAGUUCAUAUUUUAAAUAAUAAGUUAUUUCUAGAUGCUUCCAUUUUGCUAUAGACUUUAUUAUUCUGCAAUAACAUUAUAUAACAAAGCCAUACUUAUAUAACUAAGUAAACUCCUAUAAUGGCCAAAUAUCCAAAUUUUAUUUUAUUUUAUAGAGAAAAACAAUAUAAAAAUGUUCUAUUAAACCCUGCAAUAAAAUAUACUUAUGAUAUAUUUAAGGAGAGUAUUGUCAUGAUUUUUUUAAGUUAAAACUUGUAAGUUUGCCAUGUGAAAUGUGAGGUACAAUGUAAGCUGUGUUGUAAAUAAAAUACAAAUAUUAAAAGUAUAUAAUUAC